UUAAUAGGGGUGUAGCUUUUGCUGUGUAUGAGAAUGGCGUGAGACCAUGCUGUGCUUGGGUAAUUUCUGUUUUUCUGUGCUAAGGUGAUAGUCUGGACCCUGUGAUGUGCCAGAUGUGUAUGGCUGUAGGAGUUACAGGGUACUGAGGCUGGUGUGUCGCGUCUGGUGCUGGUGGAAUGGUCAGAAGGUCUGUACUUGCUCCCUUCUGCUGCUGGUUGUUGCAGGAUAGGAAUGCAGUCAGUGUAGGUACCUUUACUUCACGGUUUCUGCAGUAGCCACUGUUCAGAACGUAGUGUUAAGGGAUGACAUUUAUCAGUCUGUGCUGUGUGGUGGAUGUGAAGAUGCCCCUUCAGCAAAGGAGAAUAAUCCUUAGUAGUUCCAGUGUACAAGAGCAGUUACUAUCAGGCUUAAGUGUCAGGUGGCAUAUGCAAGUGUUGCGUGUCUGUUUGAGAUCCAGAUCAUAAGUAGAUUUUGCUUAGAGCAUACCACGGAUGUGACAACUUUCUUUCUGUUUGUUGGAGGGAGAUACAGACACACACAGACACACAGAACAUGCCUGUAUUCUUUAUCACUCUUCCCUGGUGCCCUAGGAGCUGUUGCAGAGUACUGCCCAGCACCCCAGCAGAGUGAUGGACAGCAAGUGGCUUCCUGCCGGUUGGACUGCACUGAAGUCCUGGGGAAUGCUGUUAAAGAUGGAUGCAGUGGCCUGCUGUCAGAUUUUGUCUGCAUAUGUGUGUAUUCAGCUUGAAAGGACUGGGAUUGAUAAGGAAACACUUCCUUACUGUGAGGCUAACUGAGUGCUGGAAAAGGUUGCCGAGAGGUUGUGGAGUCUCCCUCCCUGGAGAUAGUUGAGAGCCAUCUGGAUGUUGUCCUGGGCAGCCUGCUGAAGGUGCCCCUGCUUGAGGGGAGAGGUGGGAUGAGGUUCCUGCUAACAUCAACCAUUCUGUGAUUUCAUGAAAAUAGCUUUGUUCUCUGAAGUUACAUGUGGCUGCUUUUGAGCGACUCAUUUUAACUAAAAACUGUGUGUGUAGACAGGCUCAGAAGGAUGAAGACAUCAGUGUCUGCAGGGAGCACAAUUAACUGGGAGACGGAUGGAAUCUCGUUUAGAAUUCAAAUCACUGUGAAAGAACUGCUGGAUACAGAUGUACUUUUAAAGUUGUUAUUUCAUUUACCAGUCAAUUAUCCAUCAACUGUACCAGAUAUUUCUGUUAACUCAGACCAGCUUACAAGGGCCCAAUGUAUGGAUGUGAAAGAUAAAUUACUUGAACAAGCAAAGAAGCAUCUUUCUGAACCCAUGGUACAUGAUCUGAUUCUUUGGAUACAGCAGCAUCUUAAAGAUGUCAUUAAGCAAUCAGCAACAGUUUGCAACGAAAAAACUACUUUGUCAAAAGGAGCAAGUGCAGAAGAUGGUAUCUGGAUGCUCCUUUUGCAUUUAGAUCACAUGAGAGCAAAGGCAAAAUACGUGAAAACUGUGGAAAAAUGGGCUUCAGAUCUAAGGCUGACUGGAAGACUGAUGUUCAUGGGCAAGAUAAUAUUGAUUCUUCUUCAGGGUGACAGGAGCAGCAUUAAGGAGUAUUUGAUUCUUCAGAAAACUUCUAAGGUAGAUGUGAACUCAAGCGGAAAGAAAUGCAAAGAGAAAAUGAUGAGUGUACUGUGUGAGACAGAAGUACAGUCACAGCAUAAAAGGUUUCAGAAAUUUGAAGUCAAAGAAUACUCAACACUGAAGGAGCUACAAAAGGAAUUUGAAACUGCAGGACUUACAGCUCUUUUCUCUGAGUUUGUGCCUCCUCUCUUAAAAUAAAAUUAAAAGAAAACAUGGGACCUUUGACCGAAGCAGUAGUUGACUGCAGAUGCAGAUGGAAGACAAAAAGACUAAUGUGGCAGAUGUUUUUUGCAAAAAGUGCCAGAGAAGUAGUCAUCCUCUUGCAAGAAGAAGGCAAUUCAUCAUUAAGAGUUGAUAAUUUUUUGACAUUUAUGUAUUAAUAACUUUUUCUAAGUAAUAUGAAGUUAUAUGUGAUAAUUGCAUGGCAAACAUGAGAGACUGGGAAGAAAUAAUGUUUUAAAAAGUCUUCUAGUCAGACUGUCUGUGUUUUUCAAUGUUUUGUUUCUUCUCUCUCAUGGUAGAGUUUGUUGAUAAUGGUCUGCUAGAAAGCAUGAUUAAUUUUACUUUGGAAGAUUAUAUGAAGAUAUUUCUAUAUAAAAACAUACCAAACACAGAUUUGAAUAUGGGAGGACAGCAUACACUUAAUAUUCCUUAGGAGUUCAUCUGCUAACUUUUCAUUCUCCAUUUAAUUGACUAUAAAUGCUAGACUGUUGAUUUAAAGAAAAAUCUCAUGUCACUUCGGACCUGAAAAAAACUUAGAAGUGUCUUUUUGAAUGUUAGUUUUAAUUCUAAAAUGUAUAAAAACACCCAAGUGGAGAAUUUAAAUUCAUUAAAAGCUAAGGUGAAACCAAUUGUAAUAUUUGCUUUGAUAGUUUACAGAUUCCUUUUUGCAUUUUAUCUGUUUUUACUGUCUGUGCAUCUUUAGAUAUCUUGAUUCAGUUUAACUGUCAGAGCUGCACGUAUACAGACUUCUAUCUCUCAAGACUUUGGCCAAGUGAUUUAUGUUUUUUUGGUGUGUUUUUGUUUGUUUAUUUGUUUGGGUGGUGUGUUUGUUUGGUGUUUUUUGUUUGUUUGGUUUUUGGAUUGGUCACUGGCCUUGGCCAGCUUAUAGGGUUUUUUUAAUCAGUAGUCUGUGUUUUACAUUAGUAUAAUGUUACAAAUUAUGUACAUAACUUUAUAAACUAUGCAAGUUGUGCAAGUUCUGUUUGCCUAGGGAAAAUUGGAUACUUAUUUCUUACAAUUAUUAGUGUCAUUUGAUUUCUGUUUUACCUGACACCAUUCUCUAGCCAGGCUAGAUAAAUUAUCUGGUAAUAAAAGUUUUGCUGUCAUGAAUUUCGCAGUAAGUAGCAGUGCCAUUUCAAUUGGUUUUAGCGUGCAGCUAAACAUAUGCUUUACUGCUCUCUGAAACUCACUCCUGCCUCAUGUAUUCUUUGUAAACUAAACAGAUUUGAUCAAUUCAGUAUAAAUUAAUUUAUCUCCAUUGUACUAGGGGAAAACCAGGACAAUUUGGUUAGUUUCUGUCCUGGAAAAUCAUUAUGUAAGAUAUGAUUUCCAGUUUCAUACUCAGACUGUGAAGUCAUACCUCUUUCUUCAUAUCUCCUAGAAAAGCAACUAAAGCAAACUAGUAAGACUUUUAGGUUUUACUUUUUUUAGGUUUUGUUUGUUUUUUUUUUUAGGUAUCAAAUGCAUAAGGAGUUGUAGACUACUGGAGAGUUUCUGAAGUUUUUAAGGAGUUUGGUAAUUUUCCUAAUAUAGAGUGUCUCAAGUAGAUAUGUUGCAUGUUAUUUUGUGCACUGAUGAUUAUUUAAUGACAUAGUAGCAAAAGUUCUUAAUGAGUCUUUCAUGUUUAGCACAUAUAAUACUUCAGGCACAGUAGAAAACAGGCUGGGUUGAACAGGUUUUACAAAUCUGUUCUAGAUUAUUUUGAAAUGGCUUCCUGAGAGAUAGGAAUCUAAUUUUCUAUCAUUUUAAGUGCACGUGAAGAUGAAUUCUUACUUUUAUAAAGAAGAAUGAAACAGAAGUAUCUUUAAAAUAUUAAAAUAACAUGUAUUUUGAAUUAAAGUUUCCAGAAUUGAGCUGUUCUCAGGUAAAAUACCUAUAUUGAAAAACUGUGUGUCAGUGGAGUAUGGUCUUGAAAAGUUGCAGGGGCUCUCUCCUUAUACUAUGCCACAGAUCUGGCAAGUAUCAAAUGCAAGAAAAGGCCUAUGCAUGUAUAAUAAGAAAACAUAAUCAGUAUCUUUCUGCAAAACUAAAUGUUGUAAGGUUUUGCCAGAUGGAUUUCAUGUCCUCAGCCAGAUCUUUACUUUAAAGCCCUCCAGUUUUCUGGAACGAGAAUAGUAAGGUACUUCAGCACAGUUUAUAUCACAAUAUUUUGCCAUUAAAAUCUACCUGGGGCCUUAUCCAACAUGCAUAUAAAUCUGUUUUAUAUGCUUUCUGUUGCUUUCGGGAAUAGGGUUGAAUACCGUACGUACUCAUGUGAUCUCAAACUGCACAUGACUUAAAAAAUAAUUGAGGCAUAAGUUGUGGUCAUCUUUCUUGCAAGAUUAGAUGCAGACUCACUAAUUUUUUUUUUCCCUACAGAAAAGUCACUGUAAUUAGCUUCACAAGAAAAGCUAUUGGUAGGGUUAGUGGUUAUAUUAUAUUAUAUUAUAUAUAAUAUAAACUGAUGUAUUUUCUUGAGCAUUAUUGCCUGAUCCCUUCUUGAUCAACUGUUUGGCCAGAGGUAGUAUUCUGCAACAACCAAUUAAAAAUAAAUAAAUAAAAAAGAAUUCUGUGUUUCAGGAGUUGUAAAAUGCAGUUCAUACAGUGGAUUUUUAUUAUAGUUAAAUUUGUUACUCACUAGCUUACACUGGACAAAUCCACAAGUUCGCUGCAGGAAAGGACUGCAGGUUUUUUGGUUGGUUUGAUGUGCUUCAGGAGAAUUACAAAUCUGAUCAGCUUGAUACUGUUCAGACAGCAGAGAACAUGAAAACGGAUGUCAGUCUGAUUCUGUUAAAGCAAAUGCUUUUGCCUACCCAUCAAUCACUCACUUAUUUUGAAGGGUAGGAGGAUAUCUUCUGUUCAGACGAGUAAACAAUAUUUUUAAAGGCUGUUCUUUUGGAAGGAUGUUGCAGCUGUCUGUUAACUGAUGGUUUGUUUGCAUUUAUUGUAAAAAGAGAUGGGCAAGCCUGUGAGCCCCUAGGGCACAAAAGUCAUAAAAAUAGGUAUUGUGGUGCAUGUUCUGCCCUCCAAGGGAACUGAAGCGGACAUAGAAGAAGAACAAAACAUGCAUAUACAGAAAAACAAAAUGCAGGAAAAAGUCAAAACUCUUGAGAAUUGUUACAGAAUGCCUAUCAGAGUUUAAAAAGUUUGUGAAGCGUAUGUAGCUAUCAGAAUCUGACAAUUCAGUUGCAAGGGAGAAAAAAUCCACACAUUAAAAAUGAUUUAACAAAUAAGAAGCUAGAUUUCUUGUGGAUAUUGUGUUAUAAAUAGUUCUUCAAGAUGCACGGUUAGUAAAGCCUUGUUUCUGGUGGCCUGUCUUGUUUCUAAACAAUGACACACAUGAAGCCUUCCCUGCAGAAGAUACAUUCCUGAUGGUGUUGUCCCAGGUGGGUUCCCCAGUGCCUGGUGUUGAUUGUGCACAAAUUGAUUAUUGUUUACAUGAAUCUUUAGAGUAUGGAUAGCAUUCUUUCACCUGUUACCUUGUUCAUCAAAGUUGUAGGUACUUGGUUUCUUUCAGGUUGUUAGCCUAUCAUUUUAAUUGAAAAGAGUUAAAUUCAAAGGUUCUAGGAGAACUUUGUAGUAUAAACAUGCAUGCUUCUGUACAGACACCACAGAUACAUAACCAUGGUUUCCUUUGAAAAUCAGGCUAAAAUGAAAGAUGUUGCAAUAGGACUGACAACUUGAAGAAUCAAGUUUUUAGGACAAAACUGAGAUUUGGUUGGUCUUUUUGAAUACCUUGGCGUAUUAAGUGUGAAGAAAAUAAAUAUUGGGUUAAGAAGACAAGAAAGAUCCAGAGGAGGGAAGUAACUUUAAUAGAGGACAUCAUCAGUAUUGUGAAUUCACCUGCUUUUCGUAUUUAGUCUCAUUAAUUAAUUAGCACCCCCCACUCUGAUCUGUUAUUUGAUGUUGCAGGGAGGACAGGACACUGUAAGAACUCAUAUAUGAAAAUCCCUGACGUAAUCAAUUAAAAGUAAUUGAAAGUAGAUUGAAAGUAUAUUGUUUUGUGAAUAAGGCUGAUUUUUGUGGUUUUGUAGUUCUAUCUCAUUUUCCUAUAAUAAGAUCAUUUGUCUCUUAUUUCUGUUGUGCAUGAUGCAGAAAACCCACACAGAUUAGUAUAAAUUAUAUGUAGAAGUACUGUAAUGAGCCUAAAGAAACUUCUUAGUGGAAAAAAUAUUUUGUUUAUGUUGUUUCCUUUAAAAAUAGUUUAAUAAACCCUGCAUAUGGGUGAUUUAGAA